ACACACACACACACACACCAUAAUGAUCGAUCACAGCCUCUCUCAGCACUAAUCGAUCUGAUCGGUGCAGAUCAAGUUGACGUGCACAUCUUAUUUUAACCUGGCCUAAAGCCCCCUCCCCAGAGGCAUUAUGGGUACCGUCCUGUCCGUCUCCCCGAGUUACCGUAAAGCCGGACUGUUUGAUGAAAUCCCUCCGAUGGUGGGACACUACACGGCAGUCCAGAACAGCAAAAAUGCCAAAGACAAGAACCUGAAGCGGCAGUCUCUGAUCAGCGUGUUACCGUGGAAGCGGAUCGUGGCUGUUUCGGCAAAGAGAAAAGGUUCUAAGAAGCUUUCAUCAGGCGACAGUCAGGAUGAGGCCGGCGUGGGGAAUUUAAACACACAAAAUCUGAAAAAAUCCCAAUCCUGCGCCAACCUGUCAACUUUCACCCAGGAAACGGCAGCAAGCUCCAUUCCGGCAUCAAAAACCACCACCAGCGUGGUGACCGCCGCCAAGAGGACGUCCAUCAGCAGCUGCGCAGGGCAGGCUAAUGCUAACGCGGGCACACCAAAGCGGGUGAUUGUGCAGGCGUCCACCAGCGAGCUGCUCCGGAGCCUGGGUGAGUUCCUGUGCCGCCGCUGUUUCCGGCUAAAGCGGCUGACCCCUGCCGACCCGGUGCUGUGGCUGCGGAGCGUGGACCGGUCACUCCUGCUGCAGGGCUGGCAGGAUCAGGGUUUCAUCACCCCUGCCAACGUUGUCUUCCUCUACAUGCUGUGCCGGGAUGUGAUCUCGGCGGAGGUGUCGAGCGAGCGCGAGUUGCAGGCCGUCCUGCUCACCUGCCUUUACCUGAGCUACUCCUACAUGGGCAACGAGAUCUCGUACCCACUGAAGCCGUUCCUGGUGGAGGCAGAGAAGGAGGCGUUCUGGGACCGCUGCCUCGACAUCAUCGAGCGCAUGAGCGCUAAAAUGCUGCAGCUCAACUCCGACCCACACUACUUCACUCAGGUGUUUGCCGACCUGAAGAACGAGUGUCAGAAGGAGGAGCAGAGUCCGCUGCUGAUCGGUCUUGACCGGUGAAGGACAGGGCAGAGAGUUUAUUCACUUAUGCUGUUUGAAUUAAAGUGAUGGAUUGGCUAAAAAAUCAUCCCCCCAUCCCAAAUGUAGCCAGCUUGGUGUCUGAAGUUUGCUUCUUUAGCUUUAGCUCUGAAGACUUGACACAACAACAUUACGGUCGUGAACUGAUCAGAGCUCUUCUUCCAUUGUAGGUGUCCAGUUAGCACUCAACGCUCAUUCUUAGUGUGGGUUUUGUAUGAGGCUGUUUUUGGUCCUGCUGUCACCCGUCAAUCAAAUCUGAGCCAGCUAAACUAGCACCAGCACCUGUUGGAGUCGAGUGGAGCUGGUGGUGAUGCUAGCUCUAGAGUAGCCCUGAAGUAAUUUUAUACUUGUAUCAGCUGGUUUAUGCUGGUCUGAUGCUGGUAUGACCCAACAUGGUCAUACUGGCAUACCAGCAUCCAACACACAGCAUGCUGGUUUGGCUGGUGAGCAGUUGUGCUGGUCUACACUGUUUUUUUUCUAGCAGAAAGCUAACAUGCUAAAUGCACCCCAGAACAUAUCUGACUGUUUUAUUAGACAGAAUUGGAACUGAACUCAGAUCAACUACAAACAUUGGCACACGUAUUUUUAAAUGCAUUUCGGGAAAGUAUAAGGUGGAUGAAAAUUAGCAUUAGCAUAGUUAACAACUGUAGCAGUGACUCUGAAGCCUGUAGUGCAUUGAAUUAAACCCAGACAAUGAAACUCAGAGCUUAAAUGAUUUUUGCUCAAAAUGUACGCAAACAAAAGCAGCACAUCUAAAGCCUUUAAGACGAAAGCUGAAAUAGGUCUGUACUGCGUCUGAUGAGCGUUAGAGAAGCAAACUGCAGACACGUGUUUUGACUGACAGAGUAUAUUUGGGGGAAACUGG